CUGACUGCGCUCAAGUAACUUUACAAACUUAAAAUCAAUACAUAGAUAUCUUCUAUUCAAUAAUAUUAAAUAUCGAGAUAAAACAUACGUAACAGAUCAAUAGUGACGUACUAAAGAAGAUAUAUGAGAUCAAUGGGUUUAAGCAUUAAUCAUUUUUGUGGAAAAUAAGGGAACGGUAUGAAACAAGAACCAACGUUUAUCAUGAAGUUGGAACCGAAAUUGAAACAACUUGCAAUAAUCGGACUAAUAUUUGGGAGUUUAUUUUUACAAUGGAACGGUACUAAAUGUUUGACAGAAGGAGAGGAUCUGUUUAAAAACAAAUGGACCAUAAAAAGUCUCCUUGCUUCAGCAGCCAUUGAACUGGUAUUCAUUCUAGUAGCGUUCAAAACCGAGGAGUUCCGAAUGAUUGUUGACAAUUCCGAAGCGAUUACAAUUUUCUUUUUCCUCCAUGUACUAUCAAGUGGUCUGUUGAAAUAUUACGACAAUGUACCUCUUGUAGACAGAGGGACGAACAUAUAUCCACCUUUUAUACCAAUCAUUGUACUGAUCUGUCUUGUUAUUUGUAAAGGAGCUCGAAUACAGCAUAUCACCAUGGUUACCACUGGUCUGCUGUCUCUAGGCGCAUUGUUUGUAUCGCUUGGUGUAAAUAAAGAUUUCACCAUGCAUAGAAUAGAUUACUUAUCGUUUUCCUCUGUUUUUGCAACUGUGUUAAAGCUGAUAUGCCUUAAACAUUUUAAAGAUCAAAAUAUUAAGGUCACACUACGUUUGAGAGCUAUUGGUAUAUUCUUUGCCGGAACUAUUGUUGUGGUUGUACCCGUUUUAGAAUUUACGAACAAGUCUAACUUGGGGACGUUUAUGCUAGUGUCAUCUAUGUCUGGUUUAGCUUCUUUGACAGUGUUAUACUUAUUAUAUAAUCACGUGAUGUGUACAAAAACAGUUUUAGAGACAUCCGGGUAUCUUAUGAUGGGACACUUAUUGCAUCAAAUACUAGAAAGUGAAUCUAUUAACAUUCUUCCUGUUUUAUUUGGUACUUGUGUUUUGAUUGCUACAUAUAUCUGGCACGUGAAGAAGCAACAAGACGAUUCAAAAGCACCAUUUAAAGAUAUAUCGUCCACGAGUCAUGAGAUGUUUACCCGGAUGGAGUUCAUAAUAUUUAUGGGAGGUGUAUUAGCCGUGUUGUUUUACGUGUUACAACCACGUGUUAGUAGUAGGGAUAUAAAUAAUCUUAGUUAUGUUGGACUGGACAAAAUUGUAAGAAAACUAUUACAGAACAAAGCCAGUUGAUAAUAUUUUAAGGGAUUUUGUUAAUUUUAACGGUUUUAAGUAAAGUUUUUUUUAGAGGGAGAUUUUAUGAAUUAAACAUAGUUUAUUUUGUUUUAUGAAUUAUUUCAUAUCUUGUUUUUGUUAACUGUCAAGUGACAAAUAUUUCACACCUAUUUAGGAGGAGAGCAAAUCAAACUAGAAGUCAUUGUGAGCAAC